UCUAAGACAAAACACUACGAGUUAUUUAUGUGAAUUCCUUCCUUGUUCUUGCAGAAGACAUGCUGGCUGUGAAACCUGACCUCAACCAAUCUGAGACCCCUGGGUUCGUGUUCCGUGUGUUCACCAGUGUCCCUGAACUCCAGGCGCUCCUCUUCACUCUCUUCCUGCUGCUCUAUCUGAUGAUCCUCUGUGGCAACACUGCUAUCAUCUGGGUGGUCUGCACGCACAGCUCCCUGCGCAUGCCCAUGUAUUUUUUCCUGGGCAGUCUGUCUCUCCUGGAAAUCUGCUACACCACAGAUGUGGUGCCCUUGAUGCUCUCCAACAUAUUGGGAUUCCAGAAGCCCAUAUCCCUUGCUGGUUGUGGAACACAAAUGUUCUUCUUUCUCACUCUAGGCGGCACUGAUUGCUUUCUCUUGGCAAUCAUGGCCUAUGACCGGUAUGUGGCCAUCUGCCACCCUCUGCACUACAGCCUCAUCAUGACCCAGAAGCUGUGCCUCCAGAUGGUAAUGGGAUCCUUGAACUUGGCUCUAUUCCUUUCCCUGCAGCUCACUGCCUUAAUUUUCACCCUGCCCUUCUGUGGACAUCACAGGGAAAUCAACCACUUCCUCUGUGAUGUGCCCCCGGUCCUGCGCCUGGCCUGUUCUGACAUCCAUGUGCACCAGGCUGUCCUCUACGUUGUGGGCAUCCUGGUGCUGACAGUCCCAUUCUUACUUAUCUUCAUUUCCUAUGUAUUCAUUGUGUCCACCAUCCUGCGCAUGCACUCCUUUAUAUCUAAUCUUAAAUGUAGCAUAUAAAAAAAGAGCUGAAGGUGUGUUUUAAAUUUGCAAAUUGCUUUAAAGUUGUAAAGAUCUAUAUAGCAUAUGAGUAACUGUAUAUUUUUAAAUUAUGGUAAAUUAUUCGACUAUACCAUGUCAGAUAUGUGAAUUUCACAUUCCUGGAAUAAAAGAUGACUCUGCGGUUGAAAAAAAAAAAGAGCUGAAGGAACUCUUAAUUUUAUGGAAAAUGAUAUAGACAAUAAACUGUUCCACCUUGGGUCAAUAUAAAGUAUGUGGAAAGAAAUAUCCUGUAGUCAUAUCAAGAAAAAGAGACUGAAGCUGCUUUGUGAAAGGAUUUUAGAAGAGGUGACAUCUGCAAAAAGUGAAAAGAUGAGUAAAACUUUUUUUUGAAGUUUAAAUAAUAUUGAAUAGUCUGUUCAAGGCUGUGUGUUGAGUAUGACAUAAGCAAAACAGGAUUAUACGGCCAUGACUGUCAUUCUAAGGAAGUUUAACUUUUUUACUUUUCUUUUUAAAAUUUAAGACAUGAUGGGAUACUAUUAAUUAAUAGUAUUAUAGAGAUUAAUAUUGCCUUUAAGUUAUUAUUAAUUUUGAGAGGGAAAAGCGAAUUGACAAGAGAAAUUUUGAAAUUGAAUCUCAGGUGACUACUUAAUAUUUAUGUCUACAAAAAGUUUGAAAUACUGGGAUACGUUGCAAAAUGAGAGGACACAUUGAUAAUUGAUGGUACCAAAACAAAUGCCAAAGGAAUGUCAAAGGGAGAGACAAGGAGGAGGAAAAAAAGAAAAGGUAAGAAAAAUAACAGUAUAAACCAGCUAAGCACGAAAAUGAAAGAAAUACAUAGAGAAGAGCUCAUGAAGGAGAGCCAAGAGGCUAGAAACUCAGAGAUGGUCUAUUUGCAGGGAAGUUCCAUGAAGAAAGGGAGCUAAUGAGCAACAUUCUGAAAGGGAUUCAGAAGCGCUUUCACUAACAAUUCUCCCACAUCAUCUGUAAUUACAAGGUCUUUGAUGGAAGCUGAUGAAGUACUUUCUCUGCCUAUGGCAUAGCUGGGUGUCAAGGACCCAAGAAGUUUGAAAAAAUAAUUUGGAUAGGAACAUUUAUGUAAAGACACAAAUGUGGAGACAUUUUAGUUGCAACAACUGGAGAGUAAGUGUGACUGACACCUCCUGCAUUAUGUCAAAGACGCAUCGGAUGCUGCUCUGUGACAGUGUCAUCGUCUGUAACAGAGAGUCACUCAAAUGCUUGUGGUGCCAAUACUGUGGGAUAAGAAAGGGGACCCUGAGUGAGUUGAAGGAUUAUUCUGACUCUAAUCAAAGAAUUUGUUUAGGACUGCAGGUAGUUUUUAAUCCAAUCACCACUUAUUCUCCAGGAAAAACAAUUCUGAAAUAACUCAGCCAUCCUUUUGGUAUUUAUAAAGACAUACAUUUAACAACUCGUGGAGGAGCAAUCACAAAGAUCUGGGUUUUUGAUCUUAAGAACCCAGGUUUUUUUUCCCUUAAGGUCAGAUACAGUGUUUCACAUUUCUGAUCCCAAUAAUAGGGAGGUGAAAGAGAUAAAUUUCUGAGGUUUGAUGGUCAACCAGUGUAGCCUGCUUAGUGAGUUACAGGGACGUGAGCUACCAACCUUUCCAAGCACACACCAAAGCUAGCAUUCGCAGAAACCAAUAAUCACUCAGCAAGGAGAAUGUGAGUAAUGCUUCAUCUAAUAUUUUUAGGAAAAUAAAAUGGAAAUGUAGGUACUAUUUAUAAACAAUCAAGUAAAAACACAUUUUGGAUAAAUUAAGUAAUAAUGUUAUUAAGAACUGUUUGAGAUUAGUAACUGACAAAUAUGUUAGAACUGUAGGUCAAGACAGUGUGUAUUGAAUUUUGUCUUCUGUAAGAAUCAUCUGGAGUGUUUACAAUUUGGAACAACAGUUGGAUAUUUUUUACCUGUAUUAUAGAAUUUUUAAUGUAUUUAGAAGACCACUAUAGUAAAA